GGGUCUGUGCGGCCCGUCCACAAUAUUGAAGUUCGGUUUGCGUAAUGUGGAUCGUGACGUCAACACAUCUGGAACAAGUAUUAGAAGAGCCACGUCUGUGUCUGACGGAGGAACUGAAUGCACCAUGAUUUAUCUCAUAUUUUAGUAUCGCGUCACUUUCUUUUGUUUUUGCGCCACCUCGCUCGCCGUAGCUCUUCACACACGCCAUGUCCUCCGCGGAGUCGCAGCCGCGGUUCGGCCAGUCGGUUAAAGGCUUGCUGUCCGACAAAGUGGGCUCCUGCAGCGGGGACGUGAUCGCUCUGACGCGCCAGGUGCUGAAGGGCUCCCGCAGCCAGGAGCUACUGGGUCAAGCAGCCAGAAACAUGGUGAUCCAGGAAGACGCCAUCCUUCACUCGGAGGACAGUCUGAGGAAGAUGUCCAUCAUCACGACACACCUGCAAUAUCAGCAGGAGGCCAUCCAGAAGAAUGUGGAACACUCCAGGAAUCUGCAGGACCAACUGAGGCACCUGCUCAAGUGACCAGCACACUACACAUGGACUCUUCCUCUUCAGCCACACGUCUUCACACUGUUGUAAAUAGUCACACCUGAAUUCACACGUCGUCCUGUGAUGUGAACACGUAACUGAGUUAAAAGAGAUGAUGCAAAAGAAAACUUGGCCUUGUGUGG